CCUCAACCAAAAAAAAAAAGGCAAAAUGACAAAAACCUUCUUUGAGUCGGAACUCAAGGUGAAGAUAGAGCAUAAAUGUAUCGAACGGCAGCGAAUCGCCUCCUUUACGGCGCCUCUCUUAUUAAUAACAGCGGCGGAGGCCACCUCCUCCGAUUCCCUAUUCUCAGAACCGUGAUUAGCUCUUCUCGGUUUUCGACUACCGUCGACCCUCAAACAUUCCCUAAUCAAGACCCUGGUCCAUCUGAUUCUUCCACAACGUCAUCGGCGACGAGUUCCUCAACAUCAUCAACGGCUGGGGAUGGUCCUCGUCACGAGAGAAAGAAUCCGAGAGCUGAGUACGAGGAGGAGCAAGCUCGAGUGCUGCAAGCCUCACUGCGACACGUCAUAAGACUGGGAUGGAGUGAAGAAGCAAUAAUAGCAGGGGCAAAGGAAGCUGGGGUUUCUCCUUCAAUUGUUGGAUCCUUCCCCCGAAAAGAAGCUGCCAUUGUCGAGUUUUUCAUGGACGACUGCUUACAAAGGCUUAUUGAUAGAAUUGACUCUGGGGAGGAAUUACAAAACUUGAUUCCUAGCCAAUGCAUCUCCAAGCUUGUAAGGAUUCGCCUAGAAAUGCAAGCACCAAACAUAUCAAAAUGGCCUCAAGCUCUCAGCAUCCAAGCACAUCCAUUGAAUGUUUCAACAAGUUUUAAGCAGCGGGCAAUGCUGGUAGAUGAAAUCUGGCAUGCUGCUGGUGACGGGGCCUCUGAUGUAGAUUGUUAUGUGAAGCGCACUAUCCUUGGAGGCAUAUACUCAACAACAGAGAUUUAUAUGCUGACUGAUAGUUCCUCAGAGUUUCGUGAUACAUGGCUGUUCUUGGAUGAUCGGGUAAAAGAUGCUUUUGAUUUGAAGAAAACAGUCCAGGAGGCAAAGUAUUUGGCGGAAGCUGUCGGUGCUGGAAUGGGGAGUUCUUUGCAAGGAUUUGUGAGCAGAGUGCUUCAGAGAUAAAAGCUAAAGUCAGGAUGGUUCUUGAUAUUUCUAUGACUAGCAUCAGACUUUACAUUACUCUUGACGAGCUAUAAAAACUAGGCGCUGUCAUCCCUGGUCAAUAUCCACUUGGCACAAGCCAUUUAGUUUAGGUUUCAUAUUACUUUUGCAAUUUGAUUAAAUUCAAAAUUUUAUGGACGUGGCAAAAUAAUAAUUUGAUAACAGGAUAAUGUGCUUCGGGUGAGAAUAUUUUCUUAAAAAAAUUUAAUCGUCAUUGGUUGUUUGUAGCUCAA